AUGUGUCUUUCUCGUUUUCUAUGUUCUUCAGCGCUCCCAUCAUUUCUUUUCAAUUCAUUUCCCAUUUUGUUUUUGUUUUCUCUUUCUUUUUCACGCUCUCACUGUCUUUUUAUCGCUAUCUCUUUCUUUCUAUUUUUCCCUCUUUUUCUUUCUUUUUCUUUUCUCUUUCUUUUUCUUUCCUUCUAUCUAUCUAUCUAUCUAUCUAAGUAUUUAUUAGUAUCUAUCUAUCUAUCUAUCUAUCUAUCUAUCUUUAUUUCUUACGUUUCAUUUGCCACUUUCUUUUUUAUUUCAUUCUUUUCUUUACUCUUUUUCUUUCUUUCAUUUAUUUAUCUUUCCUUAUCGACAGUCGCUUACUUCCCUCUCUCAUUUUUUCAUUCCUUUUUUUUCUGUAUUUCCCUCCCUCUCUUUUUACUUUUCCUUCUUCUCUCCCGAAUUCUCUUUCUUUCUUUUUUUCUAUGUUCUUCAUCAUUUCUUUCCCAUUUCUUUUUGUUUCCUUUCUCUUCUUUUUUACUUUCUCCUUCCUCCUUGUCUCUUUGCCUGUCUCUGUCAGUUCCCUUAGCAAAACACUUUCUCAUCUCUCUAAUUAAAACUCCUCUGAUAAUUCUUAUCACUGAAUACAGAUUAACACACCUUUUUUCAUGUUGUAAAUCACACGCAAGCGUAAUUACAUAA